CGAGAAGCCGACAGGCUGUAUAUAAGCAGGAGCUAACGCUAGCUGCGCUAACAAACCGGAGACACUUUGAAGAAACUUUUAUACAAACUCCAAGUGGUGGACCCCGGAGGACACAGCAAACUCCCCUGAAGACUGCAGUCAUGGCAUGCGGAGCCACCCUGAAGAGGACCCUGGAGUUUGACCCGCUGAUGAGUCCUACGUCCCCUAAAAGACGGAGAUGCGUCCCUGUGUCCCCGUCCUCCUCAUCCCCGUCCCCUAGGAAGUACCUGAGUCUGGAGCCUUCGCCGUUCGGAGAGUCGUCGUCCAGACUGAGUGCAGAACAAAUCCUCAACAGCAUCAAGCAGGAGUACAAACGCAUUCAGAAGAGGAAGCAUGUGGAUGGAAGCUGCCAGCAGUCGGAGUGCUGCUGCGCCCCAGACUCGCCCCCACAGUCCUCCAUGACGGUGUCCAGCAUGGCAGGGACGAGUUGUGGAGGCGUGUCCCCGUCCCGGAGGGAGCAGCCGCUCUUCACCCUCAGACAGGUGGGAAUGAUCUGCGAGCGUCUGCUGAAGGAGCGCGAGGAGAAGGUCCGCGAGGAGUACGAGGAGACCAUGACCUCCAAACUGGCAGAACAGUACGACACCUUCGUGAAGUUCACACACGACCAGCUGAUGCGACGGUUCGGAGAACAACCUGCGAGCUAUGUUUCCUGAGUGGGGCUGUCCUGCGGCGGCGGCGUUGCGGUGUGAAGACGGCUGGAGAAAAGCUUCAUCAUGGAGAGGUUGAGUUAGCUAGCGGAGCGGACGUUCUCACCGUGCCAUACGGGCGUCGGCCCGGGGUUCACCCUCUACCAGUGGCCUCUGCUGCUCAAGCUCUUCUUCUAGCUCACUUUUCUAAUGAUUCCCAGCAUUCCUUGUGUCUGUUCCAUGUGAACCCAGCAGGAGAGUUUACCGGUCUGGAGGAGCAGCAGGACCUCGGCUGCUGCUGCUUCUUCCCCGACAGGCUUUAUUUAUUUUAAGUUUUGCCGUUAUCACUUUGAAACCAGUGUACUUAUUGGAGAGAAAACCAAUAAAGUCUUUUGAGAGUUGG